GCAGGCAAGACCAACGCGAGCGGAGGCAACCCCCUGGACUACGUCCGCUGUGCGAACUGCUCGUACAAGUGGAACUUCAAGGCCAGGAUGGACUGCUACCAUUGCAAGAAGCCGCUCAAGCCUGCAGCAGUGGACAAGCCUCCGCAGCUACGGGCAUCGGCGUGGUCUUUCGUGCGAGAGCCGUGGGUGCACUCGGACGACUGGAUCGGGUACGAGGCACCACGGCCGCAGCCUGCCCCGCCGUCGGACGCAGAGUGCCUCGCGGCGUUGGCGGCCAGGCAUCCCGAGCACGGCCUGCAGCUCGAAGCCAUCAAGAAGGCCGUCGCACCACCGCCCGUUGCGGCCACGGUGUUGCCAGAUGUGGCUCUCAACCGCGCCCAAGCCAAGCAGAGGCGGGCCCAAGCCGCCUUCCUCUCCAAGUCCCAGCAGGUUCGGGACGCUGAGCAGUGGCUCCAGUCCUGCCGCGAGGAGGAGGUGCGUGCUGGGGAGCUCGUCCUGGCGUGCGACGCGGAGGUGGAGGAGGCCUACAAGGCAGCCGCGCCCAAGGGCGUCCAGGUGCAGGCGCAGGUGGCGCAGGAGUCUGGCGCCAAGGCUCAGCCUGCCGUGGGCCUCAACGUCACCGCGCUGUUGGCGGAGGACUUCCAGGUCGAGGCAGGCGACGCCUUCAGGCUGGACGACCCCGACCUGGACAUCACCGACGCGGAGCGCGAGGAGUUCAACAAGUCCCUGGAGGGCUUCGUCGAGCAGGUCAAGCAGCACGUGCGCACCACCUUCGGGGAGGCCAAGACGCAGCUGGAGCAGAGGCGCAGCGAGAUCGACGCCAAGCACCAGCAGCUGCUGGCCAGGCCCCUGCCCCUGGGUCGCCUGGGGCCCCUGCUGGGCCUCCUGUUGCUCACCUUCCUGAGCCACCCAGCCUCCGCGGCCCCGAUGGCGCAGCCAAGUUGGCUCAGCUCAGGCGGGACUUGGAAGCAGCAGCCGCCGUCCCAGCUGGGGACGCAGAUGCGUAAGGCCCAGCCCUGGGGACCUGAUGCACCGCCAGAGGCCAAGCCACGAGAGCCCAGACUCGUCCGCCUGGGCAGACGGCAGCUGGCCAUCCUGGCCACGCGUAUGCGCCGCAUGGCUCGGCACUGGCGCCCCCCGUCUGUGGGGACCGAGGCUCAGGACCGCAGGCACUGGGACUCCUACUGCGUACCGUGCAUCUUCCACCAGCUGAGUUCUGGGGAGUACACAGCCAUGCUGGACGACCUGGCAGCCACCACGGGCAGCGGAUCCCGAAUUGCCGAACGCAUGAGGACUGCACGGGAGUUGGGUGACGAAGCCUGGAACCGUGGAGGGGAGGCCAGGCGCCUCCAGCGGCAAUGGUUAGAGCACCUGCAGGUUACCAAUCAGGAGGCUUUUGCGCGUGAGGCGGCUCAGCAGGACCGCAACCAGUCAGCCGCGGAGCGGUGGUUCGACCGUCAGUCCCAGGCCACGUCGGCAACGCAGGCCCCCACCGUCUACUUCGACGACCGCAUCCACUGUUGGAGAUUGUGCGCCGCGGAGGUGCUGGAGGCCGAGCUCGGCCCAUCCACAUCGAUUGGGACUUCGGAGGAGCCGUGGUACUGCUCUGCCUCGCCAGGUGACUGCACCGAGCUCACUCCCACCCCAGACGCGUGCAACCGCACGGACGAGCACCGGGGAACAUGCAUUGUCGGCACGGCGCAGGAGGCUGUGGCACACCCUACCGAGGGCAAGGACCUCAGCGUCGGCAGCGUCGGCGGCCAGUCCACCUGCAGCGGGAUUUCGGCAAAGCCCCAGUGCGACGUCGCCAAGUAUCGACCCCCAGCAGCAGGAGCUCGUAGAGGCAAGCGUCGACAGCGGAGCCACAGGCGCUUCGCCUUCCACAGUGUCAACGCCAGCCUCAGCUGGGGCAACGUUGUGGGCUACCUCCACGGAGCGGCACACCAGCAGCUCGCCGAGGGCAAGAUUCCGAUCAUCGGUUUCCAGGAGCACGGCAAGCGGCGGUUGUGGGCCGAAGAGAGCGCACGGGCCCUGCUGCCCUUGGGCUGGAGGGCCCUGCCCGCGCCAGCGACGGACGGCCCGAAUGGAGGGGCCUCAGCGGGCGUCAUGCUGGCGAUACCUGCCUGCGUCGGCGUCACCCUUGCAGCUGGACAGCGACACUGGGACAUAUCGCCCCCAGGUUGUGCGGGCAGGCUCCUGAUGGCCACCCUCGAGGCCAAGGGCAUCGGCAAGUUACUUGUUUUCUGUGCGUAUUGCUUCACGGGUCAGAAGCUGGCGUCAGUGGGCAAUUCUGCUCUCCUGUCGGUUAUCACAGGGUGGGCAGUCCAGCUCCAGCUGCCCUGGCUAGUCAUCGCGGACUGGGAGAAUCUACCUGACGCUUUGGAGCGGUCGCCGUGGAACAACCAGCUUAGAGGCCGUGUCGUAGCAUGGCAAGGGGAAGGGGGCACCAACCGCUCCCCGCAUGGUGAGCGCGUGAUCGAUUACUUCUGGAUGCACUCCAGUUUGGCUGCCAAUAUUUCCCCAGCCCGCAUUGACGACGACGCGGUCUACCACCCUCAUCGAGCCACAUGGGUCGAGUUGUUGCAGCCUUGGUCCGCCUUUACCUACACCAAGCUCAUCCGACCCCACAAGUUCCCGAUCCCAGGAGUCAAGCCGAAGCAUUUCGAUCUCUCAUGUCCAGACGUGCCUGCGGGUUUCGACCCCGAUGCGGUGCCCACCCAGGAGCUCCUCGACGGCACCUGGGAGGUCUUUUGCCACGCCGCCGAGGAGGAGCUGAUCCAAAAGGUGGGUUUGGACCCCAGCAGUCGGCAAGCCGUUCAAUGCCGAGGGCGUGGGGGACCACCACGCUUCAAGAAGUGCCCGUUGCUCCCGACCCACACCGAGGCCAUCGCCUCGUACGGUGAGGCCAAGCGCUGGAGGUGGUUUGCCAACGAGUUGGCUUGGCUGGGCAUCAUUGAAGUGAAGCUUUUCAGCUACACGGGCGCUUCCGACCUGGUCCUCGCCACGCUGCACCAGCAGCGGCACGCCUCCAUUCGCAAGUUGUGUGACCGCUUCAGACGCCACAUGCUGGUUGAAGGCGUGGCUGAGCUGCAGGAGUUCUUCGAGGUUUUCACGUCUCGGGACCGCGGCUACGAAGACCUGCAGGAGCUCGCGGAUUGGCGCCUCAGCUGCAGUCAGUAUGCCUCGUACUUAGAGUGGCAGAUAGGCAAGGAACGACGAGAUUCUUUCAAGCAGCGGUUGGAGGACGACUUCCCAGGCUCGCAGGGGCUCCCCCACAGGGUCACCAAGUGGCGCCAGGCUUGGCAGGCCCCCAAGGGCAGCAUAUCCAAGAAGCUGCUCCCAGCGGCGCCUCUGGCCGCCGUGGACCAGGAGUUGCACGACUGGUCGAAGGUCUGGGUCACUGGCUCAGGUUUCCCCAAGCCAUGGAGGGGCCUCCAGCAAGUCGCUGUCACGCCGCCCAGCCCUCACCACCUGCGUGGCUUGGCCCAGCGUUUCAGGGCCAAGACGGGGAUUGGCGUGGACGGAUGGCAACCAAAGCUUUGGGCGUACCUCACGGACGGCACGCUCUCGGCGCUCGCGUCAUUGUUGGCCUGGUGCCAACAACUGGGGCGGUGGCCGACUCAGGUCCACCUGCUGCUCGUGUUCAUCAUCGGGAAGCUCGAUGGAGGGGGCCGACCCAUCAUUCUACUACCUGGCCCUUGCCGAAUCUGGGAAGCGUGGCAGCUGCCCACCAUCAGGGGUUGGUUGGCGGCACACCCCAGGAGCUACGACUACACGGCGGCGGGCCAAUCCUCCGAGCGUGCGCUGUGGAAAGCUUUGUUGGACGAUGAGCUCGUGUUGGGCACAGGCAUACGUGCGGCUACGAUGCUGGCGGACCUCGCCAAGUGCUAUGAGAAGGUUCCGCAUGAGCGUAUGUGGUGGCUAUCAGCUUGGUGGGACGGCCCGCUGGAGGUGGUCGCGCUCGCGCUGGAGAGUUUCGCCCUUGGUCGUGUCAUUCGUCUUGGGGAGGCCUGCUCGGCGGAGGUCCUGUCCUCCACAGCGCUCCCAGCGGGCAGCCGUUUCGCGCCCACCUUCCUGAGGUUCUACCUCAUGUUGUGCUUAGACGACCUGCUGGGGGUCUUCCGCCUCACGAUCUACUUGCACGUUGACGACAUCGCCCUGCGGGUCAUGUCCACCGAGGCGCGCGUCUUGCACAUGUUGCCGCAGGCCACGCGCUUGCUGUUCUGGAUGCUGGAGUCCUUCUUGGGCCUGGAGGUUGCCCGAGCGCGGGACGGGGCGAGAGGCAAGUGCUCCUUCCUGCAGACGGCCACUCCGUCGGCAGGCUUGACGCAGGCCAUGGCCGUCCUGGGAGUGCCGCCCAGCACCUCUGAGCGGUGGCUCGGUAUCGACUACGGUCCCAGCGUCAAGGCAGAGAACCAGUCAGCCCCAGUCAGACACGCGCGGCUCAAGAUAGCCAAGCAGCGCUGGCCUAAGAUACGCGGCCUUCCUCGUGCACGCGGGGGCAAGCUCAAGAUGGUCGUGCGGCAGGGCCUCGGAGCCUCGGUCGCCUACGGUGCCCGUGUCCGUGGCACGCCCAGGCCCAUCGUGCGUUUCAUCCAACAGAAGGAUCGGGCCGUCCGCAGAGGCGCCACAGCCUUUACCUCCCGAGUCUUGCACGACGGCCUCGACCCCAGUUGUGCCGACGCCCUCGUUCUGGCGCCGCUGCUGGCCUGGGCCAGGGAAGCUUGGGACCACCCAGAGGGGCGACGGGCGCAGGCCACGGCAUGGGCCCGAGUGCAGCAACAGCUCGCGCUGUACAUCGACGCCGACGCGCAGGAGUUGUGGUCAGUGGUGCGCGGCCCAGCGGGGGCCACCUCGGUCACAGUUAGAGCCCAUGGGUGGAGCAUGCCGUCAGCCUUUGAGAUUGUCUUGCCUCCACGUGGCGGAGUGCUCCAAGGAGGGGACGUACAUCUGGAUCUACUGCAGGUCUGCCCCAAGUCCGUCGAGGCCGCCGUGCUGUUGGCCGCCCGUUCCAGAGCCUUGUGCCAGUGGGCGGCGGCCCAGCCCGAGCGGGCUGCGCUCCUGCCAGCGCCGUGGCUCACCCCAGCGAGGCAGUUGGUCAAGCGGCGCAAGCAGGACGGGUGGCUGCAGCACCAUGCCGACGCGGUCAAGAAGGCGGUGCUGGGAGGUUUCCCUUCGCAGGAGGCUCUUUUCUUGUCGGGCCAGGCGGACACUCCGUACUGCCAGCUGUGCGACGACACGACCUGUUUCGGCACGCACCAGCACUAUUACUGGCGGUGCGGCAGCCCGACGUGUGCUACAGUAAGGGAGCAGCUGACAGCCCACGACGCAUCACCUACCUUCAGAGACGUCGGCCACCUGGGCGUGUCGGCCUCCUCGUCGGAAGCCUCAAGGUGGCUAUGGGAGCGGGGUUUGCGGCGGACCCCAUGUUACGGCUUGGCUUGGAGUCUACCGUCGCAGCGCACCUAUUGGAUCGUCAAUGGCGCGGCCCCCGAGCUCACCGAUGUGCUGGUGUCGGACGGAUCAGUCAAAGGCUUGGAUGACCUCAGGCACGGCGGCUGGGCGGCUUUGCAGUGCACAGCGGAGGCCGACGACGUGGUGCAGGGCCUGUACGGCCCACUGCCCUUUCCCGACCCCAGCUCGGUCCUGGCAGAGUUGCGGGGUCUCCUCCACGCCCUCAGGCAUUCGGUCUUCAUCACGGCCAUCAUCCUUGACAAUGCCCAGGUGGUCCAAGGCUUGGCUCGUGGCAGGGCAUGGUGUUGCUCCUCGGCCAGGCCCUAUGCGCACGUCUGGGUCGAGGUCUGGGAUCGCCUGGACGACAUGGACAUCCUUCCUGGCAGAGAGCUUUCUGUCAUCAAAGUCGCCUCGCACAUAUCGCAGGCCAAACGUCUAGAGCUGCCAGAGGAGGUCCAGAUUCAUAUGAAGCACAAUGAUUUAGCAGACGAAUGGGCCAAGCAAGGGGCAGACCUCAGCGCGCCGCCAGAGUGGGCCACGUUGCAGGUCAAGCAGGAGCUCAAGGCCACCAAGCGCGUGCUCGAGUACAUCGGGCACUUCAGGGUCCUCCUCGACGGGGUCAAGUUGGCGGAGCCUAGGCCCAAACGACAGCAGGGCCAAGAGGCCAACAUUCCGCAGGCAGCGAGAUCUCAGGCUGGUCCCAGGCACCCGCACUUUCUGGAAGUGUGCCGCGGUUAUUCCAAGUGCACCAGCUGCGGCAAGAUUGCCCGCACUCGCCUCGUGGCCUUUCAGUUGCAGGAGUGCCGCGGUCGCCUCCAAGGGCUCCAGGGCAAGUUAGUCAAGAGUGCGGGCAAGAGAGGCAGUGUGGCAGUGCCUCUUCUCGUGGCAGCAGGCGCCGCCGCUCGGCCUGUCCGACAACGAGCAGACCAUGGAGAUCAGGAUGAGCCUCGGGUAGAGCCCGACCCUGCGCCAGCCUCCCAGCGGGGCCCCGACCCGCUGUGGGCUCAUGUCGCAGCAGCCCGCGAGGCUCUGGGCAGGAUGGAGCGGAUACCCGACGGCCCUGCGUGCAUGGAAUCCUCGUCAAGCCAGCCACACAUCACGCUCGAGCAGCAGCAGGUCCGUUCCAUCAUGGACGAUGCCAUCAUCUGGGCGUCUUUCUGGAUCGAUCGUUUCGACGUGGCAGGUUUCACCAACGAGUGGGACUACCGUACGUGGUGUUCGGAAUACCUUGAGAGGUUUCUCAGCCUGGCGACGUGGACUCCAGUUCGAGAGCAUCUUUUACGUAGCAACCCUGGCCGCACUCUACACCAGGUAGUCGACGACCUAUGCGCUACCUCUUGGACGCGGGCCGAGCCAGCCCGUCAGGAUCAGUUCGCCAGAGUACGGCCUGACUCGGGUUUGACAGCCAAACAGCGACGUCGGCUGCUUCGGCAUCACUUCGACGUGUUGAACCAGGUCAGGGAGCGUUUCAAGGAGCUUCUGGGUGAUCGUGCCCCGCCUGAGACGGCCUCGUGGCACCAGUGGGUCUACGAGCCCCUCUCCUCGGACGACGACCAAGGAGGUGAUGCGGCAGGCCGCGCAGCCGAGGGCGCCAUGGGGUACGACGAUGCCGACGAGUUCGCGGCCCUCAGCGUGCACAGCGACCUCGAGGUGGUGGAGGCAGGCGGCACGGCGGCCACCGGCACCCAGGCGUCAGAGCGCGUGUCGUCGCCCAAUCCCGACCUCGCCCCCAGGGCACUCCAGCCACAGGAGGAGGGAGCUCCAGCGGGUGGGGCGAGGCGGGAGGGUGUUUUGCGGAUCCGCAGUGAGGCAGCCACCAGUUCCCAAGACGUGGUCGGCGGUGGUGUGGCUGGCGCUGGGGCAGCGGUUCCCACGGUGCCGACUGCUGUUCAACCUGAUGGUGAGCCUGGAGCUGAUCUGGGCGAGCUGGCCAGCUCCCUGGCCGUGGACGGCAAGGUUGCCACCCAGGCAGCGGCCGCAGUGUGCUCCGCCCCCUUGGCGGCACACCAAGCUCGUGCUGGCCAGGGCAGCCUGAAACACGGUGGUAAGGCCCCAAGGACUGGUUCCUCAGCAUCUUCGGCGGCGGCGGCGGGCUUUGGCCAGGGAGGCCUGGCACCGCUGGCGGGGCCCCCGCCGCCCUCGGCUGCGGCCGCGGCGGCCUCGGAGCCAGAGCAGGGUGCGCGCGGGCGGGCGGCCUCUGCCUCUGCCCAGCCCGCCAGGGGUGGCCAGGCGCUGCCUGGGACGGCCAGGGCCGCUUCGUCGGUGCCGCGGCCGCACACGGUCGAGAUCAUCGGCAACUUCGUGGUCUGCGUGGUGUGCGGUUCCUACUACAGCUCGGUGGCCAGGAACCUCGGCGGGCCGUGCAGGCGGCUGGACCCGCGCGACCCAGGCGACAGGGAGCGCCUCAGGCGCAUCCGCCGCAUCCAGCGCGGCCAG